AACCAAUUUCUAAACCAAAAUUACAUUGUUUCAAAGUUAUUACACCUGGAAGAACUUAUAUAUGUUGUGCUCCGAAUGAUGAAACACAAGUUGCACGGUUAGCAGCUAUACAAGUUGCUUUAAGUAAAAUAAAAGAAAAAAACAAAGAUACAACAACUGGACAGAAUACAAUUAAAAAAAAAUUCCAUUAA